AUGAAGAUAUUUUGUAUUUUCCUGAUCUUUGUCUUCACUGUGUCUUGCGGUCCAUCAGUUUUACAGAAAAACAACGUUGCACCGAGAAAAACAGACGUUGCACAGAGAAAAAGAGAAUGUCAGCUUGUCCGAGGUGUUUGCAAGCCUGAAUGUAACUCAUGGGAAUACAUAUAUAAUUAUUGUGAUGAUAAUCCCUGCUGUGUAGUACGAGAAUACCAAAAGCCUGGCGCUAAAGGAAUCACUACUACAAAUAAGUCCAAUGCAAAGUUUAAUUUUGACCUAUUUAACAAUGUGUUGUUACAUGAUUAA